UGAGCAGUAGCACAAUGGAAGCACUCACUCCUUACUAUGAGGAACAGGUUAGUUUUGAAGAUACCUGCAAAGGUUUUCUUGAGGUUGCAAAGGAAGCAGUGCACCAGACAGUUAAUGUAAUAUUUGAAGAUCCUAGUGUUCAAGACUUGCUUUCAAAGCUGUAUCAAAAAGAGUGGUAUGAGGGAUUUGUAACCGAGUAUUUAGUUUCCACCUUUGGAGACUACUUUACAGAUGUGAAAAUGUAUAUAGAUGAGCGGUCUUUUAGGAAGUUUGUUGAAGCUUUCUUAGAAGAGACAAUUGUAGUUUACAUUGACCAUAUUCUUACUCAGAAAAAUUACAUCAGGGAAGAAACACUUGAAAGGAUGCAAGUUGAUGAAGAAGUUCUCUUGGAUUUCUUUAGAGAAUAUAUUAAUUUGUCCAAAGUUGAAAAACGAGUACAGCCUUUAGCGGAUUUACAGGAACUUGCUUCUGCUGAAAGUGUGGAUUCUUUUACCCUUGUCUACUCAAGCAUUCUCUAGA